CUCUGCCUCUCCUCAGGCCUUCACCAUGCUUCCUCUGGUUUUCCUCUUCACGCUCAUCUUCCUCCUUUCCGCCCAUGGAACGCAUUCCUCUUGCCAAAACGAUACUUCUACCUUUCCCAACUGCAACCAGACCUUCUCAUGUGGGGCCCUCCAAAACCUCUCUUACUCAUUCACCGGAGGGCCUCGUCCGUUAUACUGCGGCCCGCCCGGAUUCCUCCUCACCUGCACCGACGACGGAAUCCCCCAGUUAAUUAUGGACUCACUGAGUUACAGGAUCAUCCAACUCGACCGAAACAUACAGAGCAUGACGCUUUCCCGCUUGGACCAGUACAACAACACAUGCACCCACAAAUUUGCUAACAACAAUCUGAGUUCCCCUUUAUUCAAUCUCAGCCCAGACAACCAAAAUCUCUCGCUGUUCUAUGGGUGUACUCCGGUCCAGGCGUAUACUCCGGAGAACCUGUUCUGGUGCGGAGAUGGGACUUCUAGUAGUGCCGCGUACCAUGUGUUGGGUCCAGUUCCGAACGAUCCCAUAUUCAAGAUUAUUCGCUGUAACAUCAGCAUCAAACUGCCCCAUGUUGCAAGCUGCGCCGGAUAAACUUGAGACCAGUAGGUCUACUCUUAGGGAAGCUUUAAUGGAGGGAUUUAGCGUGAAUUAUACUACUCCAAAUGCGGACGAUUGCGCUAGGUGUCGUGAUUCGGGUGGGGAGUGUGGGUUUUUGGAUCAGUUUGUUUGCAUUUGUGUCGAUCGAAUUUGUGACAUACCAGAUAAGAAAAAAAUACCACUCGUUACAGGUAAUUGUCCUUAAUAUCUUAUAUUUUUCUAGCAUUAACAUUUUUACCAAAGGUGAGUUACAAUUUGAACAUUCUUUUCUGCUUUUGAUCUUUAGACCUCUUUAUAGCUGGUGGAGUAAUUGCUGGUAUUCUUCUGGGCGUCUGGUGCUUAUUCUGGAUACAGACAAGAAAGAGAAUUGCUGCUC